GGUGGACAGUGCGAAAAAAGAAAAUCUCUCUCCUGUCUCAAGGGGAAAAAAAAUUAGGGUUUAGGGCUUCGAAAAUUUUGAAGAAGCGAUCGAAAGACAAUGGAUAGUGCUUUAGCAAACGCCUCGGCGAUCGUAGAUCAGAGGCGGAAAAUCGAGCAAUACAAACACAUUUUAUCAACUGUUUUCUCAUCAAACGAUAUCGUUCAAGCGAAGAAAUUCAUUGAUCAUAUGUUAUCGGACGAUGUUCCACUGGUGGUAUCAAGGCAGCUUCUACAAACUUUCGCACAAGAAUUAGGGAGAUUGGAGCCAGAUGCGCAAAAGGAAAUUGCCCAUUAUACCCUUGCUCAGAUUCAGCCUCGUGUCGUUUCAUUCGAAGAACAGGUAUUGAUUAUCAGAGAGAAACUUGCUGAGUUGUAUGAAUCUGAGCAACAGUGGUCAAAAGCAGCGCAGAUGCUAAGUGGGAUUGAUUUAGACUCUGGAAUGAGGGUUAUUGACGACACGUUCAGAUUGUCAAAAUGUGUCCAAAUUGCUCGUCUAUAUCUUGAGGAUGAUGAUGCUGUUAAUGCAGAAGCUUUUAUUAAUAAAGCUUCAUUCUUGGUUAGCAACUGUCAGCAUGAAGUAUUGAUUUUACAGUACAAGGUCUGUUAUGCAAGGAUUUUGGAUUUGAAGAGGAAGUUCUUGGAAGCAGCACUGCGGUACUAUGACAUAUCUCAAAUUGAGAAGCGACAAAUAGGAGAUGAAACAAUUGAUGAGGAUGCGCUGGAGCAACCUCUAUCUGCCGCUGUAACCUGUACAAUAUUAGCUGCUGCAGGUCCUCAACGCUCUCGUGUUCUUGCCACCCUUUACAAAGAUGAACGGUGCUCCAAUUUGAAGAUUUAUCCGAUAUUACAAAAGGUUUAUUUGGAGAGAAUUUUAAGAAAACCCGAAAUUGACGCAUUUGCUGAAGAACUGAAACCACAUCAGAAAGCACUGCUUCCUGACAAUUUUACUGUACUGGACCGAGCCAUGAUAGAGCAUAAUCUUCUGAGUGCAAGUAAACUUUACACAAAUAUAAGUUUUGAUGAGUUGGGUACUUUGCUGGGCAUUCCUCCUCGUAAGGCUGAGAAGAUAGCGUCAAGAAUGAUUUAUGAGGAUAGAAUGAGGGGAUCGAUUGACCAGGUGGAAGCGGUUAUACAUUUUGAAGAUGACACUGAAGAGCUGAAACAAUGGGAUCAACAGAUAGUUGGUGUUUGUCAAGCUCUGAAUGAUAUACUAGAUAGCAUGGUAAAGAAGGGCAUGGCAGUUCCUGUCUGAUCCAGUGCACCUGCCAAUAACAAAGAAACUUAGAAGAGGAAGGAUUGACUUUAUCCUUAACCUGUAUGCAUAAAAGAACACCGUCUAUCCCCUCUCAUUUAUGCCAAUUUUCGUUCUUUGGUGUUUACUUUUGUAACUUCGAUUGUCUGUUAGGUAGGCAUGGGAUUUUGGAUAAUCAACUUAAGUUUCUGUAAUUGUUAUUGUUAUUUUCAUUAAUUUUUUCAGCUGUUUACUAAGAAA